GGCUCCUUCUCCCGGACACAGCUGAGGUGAACCCCGAGACAGGGAGCCCAGCAUCCCGCUCCCCACCAACCCUCGCCAGACCAGGCCCCCUAGGGCACCCAGGCUGGGAGCCCAAACUCCUGGAUUGGUAUCAAGAUGAGCAGCUCGGCAGGGCCCAUUGCAGCCCCCAAACCCAGCGCCAAGUCCAUCUAUGAGCAGAGGAAGAAAUAUUCCACAGUGGUCCUGGCGGACGUGUCCCAGUAUGCGGUCAACCACCUGGUGACCUUCUGCUUGGGGGAGGAGGAUGGGGUCCACACCGUGGAAGAUGCCUCCAGGAAGCUGUCGGCCAUGGAUGCCCAGGGCCGGAUCUGGGCCCAGGAGAUGCUGCUGCAGGUGUCCGCCGGGCAUGUGAGGCUUCUGGAUAUGGACUCCAAGGACGAGCUGGAGUCCUACGCCUUGAGCGCCAUUCUUCGAUGUGAGGCUGUGUUCCCCCCAGGACAGACCCGCUCCCUCCUCCUCCUGGUGUGUCAGGAGCCUGACCGUCCCCAGCCCGACGUCCACUACUUCCAGGGCCUCCGUGUUGGGGCCGAGCUGAUCCGAGAGGACAUUCAUGGAGCCCUGCAAGCCCAGCGGUCAGGCAGCGGAGAUCGGCGGGCGGCUGCCCUCAGGGCCACACAGGAGGAGCUGAAGCGCACACCCAGCCCGGGGCCUGGAGACACCCCCUUCCAACGGCGGCCUUCCACUCGAGUGGCCAUUGCCCCCCGGGAACGCCUGGUGGGAUCACGGGCCAAGGAAGAGGCAGCCGUCCCCGAGGAGGAGGAAGGCACCCAGAGGCCGACCCUGGAGCUGGCCAGUCUGGAAGCUGAGCGGAACGUGGACAUCUUGAACCACAUCCUGGAUGAUGUCGAGAGCUUCGUAGCCAAGCUGCAGAAGUCGGCGGAGGCCUCUAGGGUCUUGGAACACAGAGAGCGGGGCCGCAGGGCCCGCCGGAGAGCCGCGGGAGAGGGGCUCCUGACCCUUCGGGCAAAGCCUCCCACAGAGGAGGAGUACACGGACAUUCUGCAGAAGAUCAAGUAUUCCUUCAGCCUGCUGGCCCGCCUCCGAUCCAACAUCACAGACCCCUCUGCCCCGGAGCUGCUGCACUUCCUGCUGGGUCCCCUGCAGAUGGUAGUGGACACAUCUGGAGGCCCUAGCCUGGCCCAGGCUGUGCAGCAGCCUCGUCUGACCGGAGAGGCCGUGGCUCUGCUGAAAGAGACUCUGACAGCGCGAGAAGCUCAGCUCUGGACUUCUCUGGGAGACUCUUGGACCAAGUCCCGGCUUGAGCUCCCUCCUGAGGAAGGCACCCCCUACGCUCCAGUCUUCUACAGUGGCUGGGAACCAACCCCCACCACCCCCGGGGGCCAGCCCUGGGAGGACCCUGUGGAGGGGCAGCACAGACAUGAGAGGCGACGGUGGCAGCAAUCGGCCCCACAGAUGGAGGUCAAUGGUCACACAGAACCAGACCCAGAGCUGGAGCCUGGGCCAGGGCUGGAGCCGGAGCCCGAGCCGAGGGUCCCGGGGAAGUGGGUUCUCUGUAACUACGACUUCCAGGCCCGGAAUGGCAGUGAGCUCUCUGUCCAUCGAGGAGACCUACUGGAGGUCCUAGAUGAUGCCCGGAAAUGGUGGAAGCUUCGAGACCUUGAGGGACAGCAGGGUUACGUCCCCUACAACAUUCUCACCCCACACCCCGGGCCCCCAAGCCGAAAACCCAGCCCCGCCAGGGCACUGGAACAGAACACCCCUCCCCCACCCCUGGCCCCAGCCCCUCCCAGGCCCCGCUGGGGCAGCACGGACAGCCUAGACCUGGACGCUGGGGAGAAGGAGAAGUUCACGUACAUGCUGAGCGUUAACGAGGAGCUGCAGGCCCGGCUGGCCCAGGGUCCCCGGAGCUCCAGCCGAGCGCCCGGCACGGUCCGCCUGGCCUCAGAGCCCCCGCUCAGCCCCCGCUCCCCAGCCCCCCAAGUCCGAGCUUGGCUACAGGCCAAGGGCUUUAGCCCAGGGACCGUGAGUGCUCUGGGGGUCCUCACUGGCGCCCAGCUCUUCUCUCUAAAGAAGGACGAGCUGCAGGCAGUGAGCCCAGAGGAGGGUGCCCGGGUUUACAGCCAAGUCACCGUGCACCGAGCCAUGCUGGAGGACUCGGAGAAGUUGUCGGAGUUGGAAGCGGUGAUGGAGAAGCAGAAACGGAAGGUGGAAGGGGAGGCGGGCGGGGACGCUCCGUGACCUGCCCUCUCGCACCCACCCCCCCAGUCCCCACUCAGGGGCACCCAGAGCCCCGCCUCCCAGCCGAACCCGACAGCUCCUCCUCUUCUCUCCCGGCCUCCGCCCGCAGGCUCCGCCCAGCACGCCCCUGAUUGGCUGAGGCGGGAAGGGCGGGGCCACCGAGCCGGGACUAAAUAA